AUUUGAGAUAAAAAAGUGAUAUCUAAUAUAAAAGUGGAAUCUGUGAUUUUUCUCUUUGACUCCAAAUAAUUGUGGAAUUGCAUUUUCCGAGAGUAUAUAUACUUUUUCGUAAAAUCAAACAAUAUAUAUACUAUAUAUAUUUUUCUACUCGACGCCAGACGAAUCGUCGCCUUUCCUCCCACGCAACAGGAAAAAGGUUGUCACGAAUUUCAAUUAUAAAGCGAGUAUUUAAUAAUAUUAUAUAUAUAUAUAUAUAUAUAUAUAGCAAUAUUGAUAAGAAAACAGAAAGUUAAAACGCAUAAGAUAAUUGCUUGCAUUUUAUAAAUAACAAAACUUUAAUUUAGUCGUCUUUUUAAUUAUUGUGGUGUAACAGUAAAAAAAAAAAAAGAUCAGCUUUUUAUUGCCAAAAUGGGAUGUAACACAAGUAAGGAAACCGUUCAGCCGGCAGCGGAAGAUGCGAAAGAGGACGUUAAGAAUGGCGAUAUACCGAAGACAGCUGAGGGCGACAGGAGCGUGGUGUCGUCUAAAGAAAGUAGACAAACGGAACAAAAGGAAGAGGACAAGACAGUAGACGAGGAGGGAGAAGAAGAAAAAGAAGAAGAAGAAGAAGACAAGACAACAAAUAAAGAAGAGGAAGCUGCAACGAGAAUACAAGCAGCUUUCCGUGGCCAUCACGCCAGGAAGAGUAUGAAAGAUACGGAAACUUCAACGAAACAGACAGAAUCCAAAUCAGAUUCAGAACCAACCAAGGAACAAUUACUGAACGAGUUUCGCGAGGACGAUAAGGAGCUUUGCGAAGCAGCUACUAGAAUUCAAGCUUCAUUCCGUGGCCACAUGUCGAGAAAGGUAGCAGCAAUUGGCGAAGCAGCCAAAACUGCUGGGGAUAUGGUGGAGAAUGUAGUUAAUAAAGUCGAAAAAACGGUGGAUGAUGCCGUUAACGAGCUGGAAGGAAUUGACCUAUCAGAUCCUGAUCUAAACAAGGCGGCAACGAAAAUUCAAGCUAGUUUCCGAGGACACAAAGUACGCCAAGAAGUGCCCAAUGCUGGACCAGAAGUGAAGAAGUAAAAAAAAAAAUGCAAUAACACAGCCAAACGGGCACCAAAAAAAAAAACCAGGGAGCACGCGUAACCCACAUGACUUUUAUGCGGGGUUACAAAAAAAAAAUUACCUUUUUUUAAAAUUUCUUGCUGAGUUUCUCUCUCUUCAACAACUGUGUUCGAUUUUCACUUUAUUUUUGUAAACGAAAAAAAAAAUUUCCUAUCGCGCCAUUAUAUAGUUUAAAAAUCUUUUCAAAUAAAAAUUCACCAAAAAAAUAAACAUACGAAACUCAGCAAAUUUUCUAACAAAUCUAUAUAUAUACACUGAAAAUAAUAAAGUAGUUGCAUUUUUAUUAUUUUAUUAGUAAAAAUAAAAUCUAUUAAAAUAAAUUCAUGUUUCUAAAUAUUAAUUUAUCUAUUGUCAAUUAAACUAUUUUUUAUUAAAAAAAAAUUACAUAAAUUAAUUUAAUAUAAAAAAAAAUUUACUAAUAAAGUAAUAAAAACAGAUUUAAUAUUUUUUUCAGUAAAUAAUAUCUAAUAUCAAUUUUAGAAUGUAGUUAUGUCUAUGCUUCAUAUACAGUUAUAUUAUAUAGAAGUAAUAUAACUAUUUUGCAAACGGUCCAUUAAAAAACAUAAAUACGUAAAUUAUUUUAUGUUAAAUACCCAGUCUUGCAUUUCCGUUUAAUGAAAUAGUUAUAAAACUGUUAUAUAACAGAGGUAGAACUGAUACGAAAUAUGACUCAAAAAUGAGAAGCACUAUAUAUAUAUAUAGAUAAAGAAAAAAAAACCACAUAUUUCAUUAAUAAUAAUUACAUUCCCGACUUUAAUAUAAGAAUAAAUAAAAAUGAAAAUUAUGGUUCAUUUAAAGAAAACCAAUUACUUAAGACCACAGCUGUGAUUGAAUGCUCUUGAAAUUAUUAUUAUUUUUGAAUAAUAUUUAUUUUAAGUUAUUAUUAUGAAGGUAAUAAUUAUCGAUUUUUAGAAUUAACUUAUUUCACUUUGUUAUGAAACUCGACUGUGCGUUGCCAAGGGAAAAAAAAAGUUGACAGUAUAAAAAAGUCUUUUCUUUCUCCUACAUUAAGCUUUCACAUUGAUCGUUAAAAAAAAAAAAAAGCGAUGAGAUAACUUAUAAACGUCCAACAGAAGAAAAUACUUCGUUUCAUGUAACGCGCCAAUAUAUGCAAAACAAAAGAAUUGAUCAACCGUAUUUACAUCGGGGGAAUUGCACUUUAAUAUAUAAUGAUUCCAAAAAUAGAUAUAAAAGUCUUCUUUUUAAUUACAAAUAAAAAAGGCAAAAAUUAUUUAUUUCUCUUUUUUUUUUUUUAAUUUUUUAAAAUUAUCAAUGAUGCACAGAUUAUUAUAAAAAAAGAAAAUAAAAAAACGCGUGCAAAAUUUAUUAUAAAAAGAGAACAUAAAAUUUGAAAGCUGCACUGUAAGGAAGAAAACAGCAACUAAGAUAAGAAAAAAAAAAACGUACGUAAAAUAAGUGAUCGCAUAAACAAUUUUCAUUCCAUUAUUAAAUUCCUAGAUGUCAUAGAUUUUUAACAAAAUUAUACACUUUUUUUGUUUGUUUAAUUUUUAACAAAAAUGAAUAUAUUUUAAAUCGUGAAUUUUCCCACGAAAACUACGAAUCUAGUCAAAUCAGAAAAAUUUUUGGAAAACACAAUAUUGCACGAACCGUAACUGUUAUAUAACAUUUUGACGCAGUUUGUUAUAACCACCAUUUUUGUUAAUCAAUAAACGUUAUGUAAUUGUUAAGUUGCAAAAAAAAAAAAAAUAUAAAUAUAUAUAUAUAUUGCUGUUAAAACUUUGUUUCAAGAAUGACAAAUAAAUUUUAUCUUCGAAUUAUUUUUAGGAUUAUUUAUAGAAAAUAAGAAACAUCAUAUUUAUAUAACGGUUAUGUAACUAAUGCAAUGAAAAAACAAGGUUUGCCGAAAGUAUACUAAAUCAUUGUCAAAAUAAUGAUUUAGAUAAUGCAAUUAUAAUUUUUCAAGAAUAUUAUAAACAUAAAUUAAUUAUUAAUUCUAUAUAAACUCAUUAGCAAAUCUUGUUCAAGAAUUAUAACUGAAAAAUCGAACUUUUCAAGUAUAUUAUUAAAAAGUUAAAACCCGCCAGAACUAGCGCAUGCUAUUAAAAAAAAAAAAAAAAAAAAAAAGCCGAUACUUUUAACAAAUUAAUUAUUCAUGUACCAAAAGCAUCGUUCUGAUGCAAUGAUGUAAUAAUAAAGAAUUUCAUUCCGCCGUAAUUAAUGACGAUUUAUUUUUUAACAAAAUAAUAUAUAUUUUUCUGCGUUAGAUUCUACAAAAAAUGAUAAUUGUAAACAUCCAGAGAAAAAAAGAAAAUGAAAAAUAAUUAUUUAGAGCGUAAUUUUCGCGUUUUUUUUUAAAAAGCACUGCAUUUAUCGCUGAUUCAAAUUUAGAGAGUAUAUAUAUUAAAAAAAAUAUAUAUAAAAUAGUGAUGCUGCCAAGCGACAAAUAUCGUGUCUUUUCCUGACUUUAUAUAGUCAAUUCAACUUUAAGUCGUUUUCCGAUAAAAAAAAAAGACACGUUGUUUUUAGCAGGCCUAAAAACUAUAUGUAACAUAUACCCAUUAUCAUUAUUAUUGAUUUUUUCCAAUGGAUUUGAAAAUUUUUUACAGCAAAAAAAUAUAUAUUUUUUUUAAUUCUUAAAAUUAGUAAUUUAAAAAUUAUUAUAAAGUAAAAAAAAUACUUUUUUUUUUAAUGGUUGACUGUUCAUUUACUCAGGAGGGUAAAAAUCAAAGAGGAAAAUUGAAUUGAAGAAAAAUGAGGAAGCAUCUUGCUAGAAAAUGAAGAGUGAACGAAUUUUGCGAAAGUUUACCCAAGAAGGCGAAAUGCUUUUAAAGUUGAAAAGGAAGUUUUCCGCGUCCUUGAUUUAUUACAUAUUGCUUCAAAGGAAUGCGCGGCAAUGAAGUUCCGUGUGUACCCGUAUGUACAAAAAUUUUCUUUUUCUAAUAAAUAAUUAUUAUUGUCUUCUUCAAGAUCCUUAUUAUUAAUUUUUAUCGUUUUCUGUAAUAUAUAGUAGUUAUAGACUAAGUCCCAACAAUUUUGAAAUUUAUAAUCUUCUAUGUGUCUAAAUUUUUUAUACUAUUCUACACCAUAAUACACCAGGAAGUGAUUGUACUUUUUUCAAAUAUGUAAUGGUAAGCUGAAGACCAAAAAUUUCAAUAAUUAAUAUUUUAUCCGUCAACUUCACCAGAAUUUUUAAUAUAAAAAAUAUAAAUUUUAAAGGAUUGAUUAAAAAAAAAAAAGUGUUUAACAGACACCAAUUUAAUAAACCAUAAUAAACCAUAAUACUAAAAAGAUUUGUUACGAAAAUAAAAUUUUCUGGUUGUUUACGAUGAAAUAAUUUUUAGAGAAAAAUAUAAUAAUUAUAGAAACAAUUCCAAUAUAAAAAUCUUAUAUAUAUAGAAUACAAAACUUGCACGCCGAGCAAAAGUAGAGUUCACUUUAAUAAUAAAUGAAAAACUAAAAAAAAUCCUAUAAGGAUAGCGAAAGAAAUAUUAAAUGUGAAAAAUUGUUAAUCGUGAAGAAUAAAAAUAUUGCUUAUAAAAAAAAUAGCCACACAUUUUCUUGGAGGAAAAAUAAAUUAAAAAAAAAUAAAUAUUCGCAACUAAAAACAUAAUAAUUUUCCAUGGAAACAAGUCCACUUUAUAUAUAUUAUAUUUCAUUUAGGUUACAAUUUACGGGUAUGCUUUUAAUUCUCAUGUACUCUCUCAUUUAUACAAACUAUCGCGGAAAAAGUCAGCUUUUAUGAAUAAAAAAUGUCAACCUAAAAUUUAAUUUUAAUACGAAAUUUUUUUUUUUUAAUCAAAUAUCGUGUUUAUAUUAAAUCGAAAUAUAUUCUAUAUUUUGUUAAUGUCUUUGCAACGUCUUAUAUAUUGACACUUUAUUAUUUUUAUAAUAUUAUAAUUUAAUAUAAGAAUUUUUAUAUUUUAAAUUUUACAUUAAAUCACGAAGUUUAUUUCUUUAAGAAAAUCUUGUUUCAUGACGCUUUACAGCGCAUGUUGUAAAAUUCAUGAAAGGCGCCAUCAAAUAAUUUUUUCACUUCGAUCGAUGCACAUGGUGCAGAAAAUAUGUUUCUUCUCAAAACGCUCGAUUUAAGGACUAGAUUUACAUUUCUUUUAAAAAUCUAGCCCUUAAUAAAUAAUUUUUUCCAAAUAAUUUCCCGCACGAGAAAUAAAAAAAAAAAAAAACUAAAAAACUGUGUAUUUUAUUCCCAAUAAAAAAAAAACAGAAAAUUAAAAUUUGAAAAAAAUUGAAUAAAUCCAUGUAUGUACAAAGUUAAGUAUUUAAAAAAAAAUAUAAAACUGUUAAAGUUAUUUGGAUGAGUGAUAACGUUUACUGAUAUAAAAAAGUUAGUAAUUAGCAAUUUUUAUGUAAAUAAUACUGACUUAAAAGACAAUUUUUUGUUUUUAAUUUUACCACUCGAAACGUAACUACUUUAUUGAAGAAAGAAGAAUAAUUUAAAAUUAUUUUUAAAAUUUAAAAUUUAUGUUUAUAUUGCCUAACGAAAAAAAAAUUGGGAAUAAAAUAAUUACAAAAAUAACUUCAAUUAUGUAAUCAACAAAUAUUUUCCCCCGAUACAACGUAGGAAUAAAAAAAAAAUCUAGAUAACAAAUAACAACUGUAACAUUCAAUACUGAGCAGUAUCAUGUGUGUAUUCUGUUUUAUUUAAAAUAAAAUAAUCACUAAAUGUAA